CAGCAGCAGCGGCGGCGGCGGCGAGGCCCGAGCCCGGCGCCCCAUGGAGAAGCUGCAGACGGUGCUCGACCUGCAGCUCAAGCAGCACAGGGCGCUGGGCUACGGCCUGGUGAGCCUCCUGACGGCGGGCGGGGAGCGCCUGUUCUCCGCCGCCGUGUUCCAGUGUCCCUGCAGCGCCGCCUGGAACCUGCCCUACGGCCUGGUCUUCCUGCUGGUGCCCGCGCUCGCCCUCUUCCUGCUGGGCUACGUGCUGAACGCGCGCACCUGGCGCCUGCUCACCGGCUGCUGCGCGCGCAGCUCGCGCUCCCGCGCCCGGGGCUGCGGCGCGGGGCUGCGGGGCGCCGUGGUGUGCGCGCAGCUGGGCGCCUCGGCCGCGGUGGCGCCGCUCACCUGGGUGGCCGUGGCGCUGCUCGGCGGCGCCUUCUACGAGUGCGCGGCCGCCGGGAGCGCGCCCCUGGCGCGGCGCAUGUGCCGGGGCCGCGCCCCCGCCUGCGAGGCCCAGCUGCCGCUCGCGCCCUGCCUGCCCGCGCAGGGCCCCGACGCGCAGGGCCUCCUCAGGGAGCUCAAGGCGCAGUCGCAGGUGCUGGGCUGGAUCCUGAUAGCACUUGUCAUCAUCUUCCUUCUGAUUUUUACGUCUGUCUCCCGAUGCCUAUCUCCAGUUAGUUUCCUGCAGCUGAAAUUCUGGAAAAUCUAUUUGGAACAGGAGCAGCAGAUCCUUAAAGCUCAGGCCACAGAGCAUGCCAUGGAACUGGCAAAAGAGAAUGUUAAGUGUUUCUUUGAGUGCUUACACCCAGAGGAAUGCAAUACCCCCAGCAUGAAAGACUGGCAGCAAAUUUCAUCUCUAUAUACUUUCAAUCCGAAGGAGCAGUACUACAGCAUGUUGCACAAAUAUGUCAACAGAAAAGAGAAGACUCAUAGUAUCAUAUCUAAAGAAGGAGAUGCAGUGAUUCCUGUUCUUGGCUUUGUAGAUACACCUGGUAUAAACAUAAACACUGCUGCUGAGUUAUGACCUUAUUAAUGAAUACACAGAAAGUGCUUUUGAGUUAUUGCUUCAUUAAAAAGAAACGUUGGGGGAUCCCUGGGUGGCGCAGCGGUUUGGCGCCUGCCUUUGGCCCAGGGCGCGAUCCUGGAGACGCAGGAUCGAAUCCCACGUCGGGCUCCCGGUGCAUGGAGCCUGCUUCUCCCUCUGCCUAUGUCCCUGCCUCUCUUUCUCUCUCUGUGACUAUCAUAAAUAAAUAAAAAAAACUUAAAAAAAAUAAAAAUAAAAAUUUAUAAAAA